UGCCCGCCGACACUUUGGUUUGAUGUAAAGCUAGACGUUUGUAACUAUCCAGAAAAUGUAACAUGUGAUGCGAAUCAGGGCUGAUGCUGACUUUUGUGAGCAUAUGUCAAUAUUACAUACAUAUGUACAUAUAUAUUAUUUUUUCCUAAUUGAAGUCAAUUAAUUAAUAAAUGAUGUUAAGUGUUAAGAAAUAUAAUUACUGAGUAAAAUUAUUAUUUUCUGAACUCAUUAACCUCGACAAGAUGUUAUUGGUAAAAAUUAUGUGCGAAUGUGCAAAACUAAAUGCUUCAAUUCUUGAAUAACUUAUAUUUAAGUAUGUAUGUCUUAUGUAUUCGAGUAUGCACAUAUGUAGACACAGUUUCUGCUGUGGCUAUGAACUCUACUCAAGAGUCUUUUUUGUCAAAUAUGGACGUCCAGAAAUUAUUCUGAAGAGGGAGUCUAAUAUGAUAUAUAACAUAAAAAUGAACUAGCAUAUUCAAAUGUAUAUAAUAAAUAUAAUAUUUCUAAGUACAAAUGUAAAUAAAAAAUGAAAGAUUUACUCGAGGGACGGAUUUUUGUUUGUACAACUCCAUUCAAAGUUUCAUUUGGCCAAUUUUGUUCGCUCCCGAGCAGAAGAACUAAUUUCACCAAACUGUUAGUAAUAUAUGGUAAGUAAUGAUGAACAGUUGAUAAAGAGAAGAAAAUUGAUUUUAUUAAAAGGUAUUGAUUGUACAUAAUAUACAUAUGUUGAAAACUUCCGUUAUGAUCGACCUUAAAACGUACAAAUGUAUGUAAUAAAGUUAAUGUUCACUCAGACUCUGCAUUCAGUUAAUAGAAGUUCGUGAAGUUGAAAAGAAUUGUGUUGAGAUAAAAUAGAUAGUGCUUAAUAAAAAUAAAAGGAAUACAGAUAUUAAUAAUUAGAAUAAAUUGUUGCAAUUUUUUGGUUUUAAAUUUUGAAUAAAAUGCAGAAAACGCUGUAUCAAAUUAUUUUAAUUGUAUUAAUUUUCCUGCUACCUUACUUACGUAUAACAAACGCGGAAAUAUUUGAAGAAUGCGAAAAUGAGCCCGAAGACACAUUUGUAAAGAGCUUACAGAGUUGUCAAAUGUAUAUAUAUUGUAAUGGUGAUGAUUCCUAUUCAGGCGAAUGUGAUGAAGGACAAUAUUUCGAUGGUGAUGCUUGUGAUGACGAGGAAAAUGUUUAUUGCUUUUUGGAUGACGCCGGCGAGUUAGAUCCGGCGGACCCGGUUGAACCCGAAGAGCCGGUAGAAACUGCGGCACCUUUUACAACGAGACCAACCGUUACAACAACGACCCAAUCUCCACAAACAACCACCAAUAAUGAUUUCAGUACAAGCACUUUAGUACCGAUUGUCGUUGCGCCAAUAGUAAGGGAUCAGUGUCCCAUUGUUGAGGAUUCACAAACAAUCGUUUUCACGGCAAACACUGAGUCCUGCACAGACUAUUAUCUUUGUUAUCAUGGCCAAGCUAUUGAAAUGCGCUGCACGGAUAACUUACACUUCAAUAUACAUACCGCUAAAUGUGAUUUUCCCGAAAAUGUGCAAUGCAUGAUCGAUCGACCUAAUGCGAAUAAGUGCUUGCCACAUGUCACCGACUUCUUUCCGCAUCCACAAAAGUGUAAUUAUUUCUAUUACUGCAUCAAAGGUUUUCUAACGGUACAGCAAUGCCCUUUUUACUACGGAUGGGACAUUGAAAGGCGUGCUUGUGUGCUACUUGGCCAGGCAAAAUGUUUUGAAGGAGCGAGGCGAACAUAAAAAUGGUUGACUAAAAUCGUUAAUAAAACUAUAAUACAUACAAUACAAAGUAGCUAUACAGAUAUAUAUGUGCGUAUAUAGUACAUAUAUACAGGCGUACUUUUUUCAAUAUCGAUAUUAACAAUUGCCUAAAAUAAUAAUUAAUGAAUGCUUAGAUUACACAUACAUAUGUAUGUACAAUAUAUAUUGUGUGUGCAAAAGCAGUAAUUUUAAUACAUGCCUAUAUGUAAAUAAGAACAAAUAGUUCGAAUUUUGUUAGAUAAAAUAAUUGAAAUGCAUGUCAAGUUAACUAUUCGCAAGUAUUCUGACGGAUCGCUAACUAUUAGUCAUUCCGAUGGAAUUUAAUUUUAGUAGAGUGGCCGUUACGUUUAAUUUAUAGAAACAUAUCGACAUUUUCUAUUUUUCUGUAUUGCAUUUGCAAUCAAAGUGAAAUUCAAUACAUACGUGACACUAGAUAACAGCCAGUUGAUAAGCGCCGUCAAGGCUUGUCGUGGAAUUCGCGUACAUACAAACUCUUACAUACAAGUAUGUUUACAUAUGGACGUAAGUAUGUAUGUAAGAAGUUAGUUUGCAGUAAAACAUCGCGUUAGUAAAAAAAAGCUUCUAGUUUGAAAUUGAACUAGUUCGAAAUUGAACUAGUUUGAAAUUGAACUAGUUGGAAAAGGCCAGUUUCAUAUGGUGAGCUAUAGUAUUUCACUGCAACAAUUUUAUCAAGUUAAGUACAAUAAAUGAAAUAAUAAAUUAAUUUGAAAC